UUUCGGUACCGAAUUUUGAGAUUUUCAGUACCGGUUUUUACCCUUAAAUACCGGUACCCACUUUUGGGGAUUUUCCAUACCGGUACUUUCGGUACCGAGCUGGUCCCUACAUGAUUACUUGCGCAAUUUCCUCAAAAUGCUGGAACAUUCGUCCGCAUCUGGAUCCUUCUAUAUCGGCCUUUCUUUCGUGACUAGAAUAGAAUCUAUGUAUAUAUUUAACACUUAACGUCAUGCUCUUCUCUCAUCAAUCAAAGUUAAAAAAUUUAUAAUUACAAUAAGAGUAAAAAUGGCUAUGAAACUUUAUGGUGCCGUUGGUUCAACUGCUACUCUCCGUGUUAAGGCUUGUCUCGCUGAGAAGGAGAUCGAUUAUGAGUUCGUUACAAUCAACAUGAGCAAUAAAGAACACAAGACUCCUGAAUUUCUGUCCCGUAACCCGUUCGGUCAGGUUCCGGCGCUUGAGGAUGGUGAUCUCAAGCUGUUUGAAUCAAGGGCCAUUACUAAAUACCUGGCUCUUACCUACCCCGAAAACGGAAUCAAUCUGAUGAUGCACGACAAAAAAACAAUGGCAGUAGUUGGCGUGUGGAUCGAAGUCGAGUCACAAAAAUUCGAGCUGAUUGGAUCAAAACUAGCAUGGGAGCUAGCAUACAAACCCAUGUUCGGUUUGACAACCGACGACGCUGUUGUGGAAGAGAACGAGAAGAAGCUGGAGCAAGUGCUAGACGUGUAUGAAUCGCGGUUGUCCGAAAGCAAGUAUUUGGGUGGUGAUGUCUUCACAUUGGCGGAUCUUCACCACCUUCCUGCUUUGAAGUUUUUGUUUGGAACCAAGGUGAAGAGGUUGUUCGACGCGCGAUCGCAUGUCAGCGCGUGGGCUGCUGAUAUCCAGUACAGGCCUGCUUGGGUGAAAGCAACCACGGCUUGAUUGAUUUUGUGGUGUGUGUUUGUUUGUUGCCCACAUAUAUAAUAAGUUAAAUAUGAAAACAAUAAUAGAAGUAUUUUAUGCUUGGCUGAAACCAGUUGUAUUUGGUCACACACAUCUCAAUAUAUGUCCGCUCGUAUCAACUAAACUGACUACACGUCAAUUUGGUUACAAAGUGCAAAUCACAAGAGUCUCCACAAGUCUUGUUCACUCUUGAUCAACUCUGGAAAGGCUCAUGUCUCCUAUUCCCCAACUUUAGAACUAAAAAAAGAAAAAAAAUUACACAUGUGCAAUAGCAACGCCACAAGUGGAAGCGAUGAAGGAACAAAGCAAUCGCAUAUUUGUGAUCGAAGAACAAAAAUAAAUCGAGUAAUUGACGAUCAAAGUUUGUGGUUAACCAAGGUUUGCAUUCAUCUCCUUGAGUCUUGACCCUAUGUUUUGUGAUUUUCCCUUUGUUUUUAUUUGUGAUUGACUUAUUUAUGAUUUCGUAAGCUAGAAGUUGUUUACCCCGUCAACUUGUGCCACCCGUAAAAAAAAUUUAAAAUUCGAAAUCCCCCAACAUAGGCCCACUUACAAAACUAUUUUUAUGGUUUAUAUUAGUUAUUAGCCAAUUGAGAUCAAGUUUAAAUCUUUAAUGAGACCAAGACUUAAUUUCGUUAAGGGCUAAAAAUAUGUUUUUUCGAGCUCGAACAGGGUACACGAAU